AUGGGCGCUGGUGUCCGUAACCUAUUGGACAAUUUGAAGGUCACGUGUGGGCACGUUGAAUAUGGGAAUGGAGAUAUGGUUGCUUGUGUUCGUAUCGUUCGCCACCUUCUUGGUGAUACUAGCGUUCUUUCUGUGACUACGUUCGUUUUCCAUUUGGACUUUCAGAGCGACCCGAUCGUGAAUUUUCAAUCAUUAUUCCAGCAUACAAUGAAACUGAAAGACGUAAUGCUCCUUAAGAUACUUAUUGUUUUAGUUCCUAAAAUGCUCGAAGAGUCACUGGCCUAUCUAAAUGAAAGAAAAAGGCUCGAUUCAAAAUUUUCCUUCGAGAUUAUAAUUGUUGAUGAUGGCAGUACCGAUGAUACAUACAAGAUGGCACUAAAAUACACAGAAAAGUAUACUUCGGACUCCGUACGAGUGCUAAAAUUGGCCCGGAACCGCGGCAAAGGAGCAGCUGUCAGAAUAGUAAGCAAGCGGCAGUUGAAAUUUCUUAUUCUUCCUGCCUGUUAUCAGUAUAUAUGCCACCCUCAUUUUGUUCAGUAUUAA